CUUGCCUAGUUUCCAACAGAGCUCACGACCUCUGAGGAUGCCUGUCAUAGGUGUGGGCGAAACGUCAGGAGAGAAUGCUUCUGGAGCAUGGCGACAGCAGCAACGCGGCGCUUUGCUGUCUCCGUGGGCGCGCCCCCUGGUGGCGGCGGGGGGCGUCCGCCUCGCCUUGCGCCUGGCCGGCUUCCCUCUGGCGCCCCCUGCCGCCCAGGCGCAGUCUCCCUCCUCCGCCCAGAAGAGCGGCGCUGCUGCCGCGGCUGCGGCUGGGAAGCGGGGUGGGGUUGGCCAGGCCGAGCCUCUUCCUGCCGCCGCGUCGCGCUCCCCUUCCCCUUCCUCCCGGGCGCCGGGCCUCCAUGGAUUUCCCUGGGCCAUGGCCGUGCCCACGGAGAGCCCUCCCGACGUGGCCUCGGCGUCCAGCUCCUCGCUCUUCCGCCUCCGGCACCUCCGCCUCGGGCUGCACCUCCGCCCCGAAGCCCGGGCUCUGGCCGGCUGCUUGGUGCUGGAGCUGUGCGCCAGGGAGGAAGGCGGCGGCGACGAGGAGGACGACGAGGAGGAGGAGGAGGAGGAGAGGACGAAGCCCGACCCGCUCCGGGCCCUGGUCCUGGACACUCACCCCGCCUUGAGGGUGGCCUCGGUGGGCUUCAGGCCUUCCCCGGUGGGCGAGAAGCGCUGCGGGUUCCUCUUCCCCUCCGCAGAGGCCCCCAAGGCGGACCCCAGCUCGCCCCCAGCCCCUUCCCACUCCCCAAGUCGGGGGGGCGCCAUGGGGGACCCGCACCCCCGUGGCACCCUCGAUGUGCUCUCCGCCUUGGCCUCAGGACCCUUGGCCGAGACCACCUCGAACUCCGACCCCUUGACCCCCCAAAGGGCGCUCUUGGACCCCCACGCCCAACAUUCCUCGCCGACCCUUUCUUCCACGCGCUCGGAUUGUCCGAGCUGCCCCUCCUCGGACCCCCGAUCCUUCCACGACCCCUGCAAGGCUGUGUCGGACCCCCAUUCUUCUUCUGGUCAAGCUUGCCCCUUGGGUGACCACCACACCACCUUGGCCUCUUCCUCCGACCACCCCAAUUGCCCCAAAUGCUCCUCUGGACUUUCCGAUGCCCACCAUGCCGCCUUGUCCUUCUCCGACCACCCCAGUUGUCCCAACUGCUCUUCAGGACCCUCCGAUGCCCACCACGUCGCCUUGUCCUCCUCCAACCACCCCAGUUGUCCCGACUUCUCAGGGCCCUCCGAUGCCCACCACACCGCCUUGUUCUCCUCCUCCGCCCACCCCAGUUGUCCCAACUUCUCCUCAGGACCCUCCAAUGCCCACCACGUCGCCCUGUCCUCCUCUGCUCACCCCAGUUGCCCCAACUUCUCCUCGGGACCCUCUGAUGCCCACCACACCGCCUUGGCCUCCUCCUCUGCCCACAACAACUGUCCCGACUGUCUUCACGACGACAACCCCGCCGUAGACCUCAAGGCCUUCCCGUUCUCGGAUUGCUCCCUCUUCUCCGAGGCGCCCCCUCCGCCCGUGCCCACCUUCCCGGACCCCCCGGCGCUGUCCUCCUCCCCGCCUCCUCGCCCGCUCUUCUUCAGGGUGGACCCCUUCACCGACUACGGCUCGGCGCUCACCAUCUCGUUGCCUUCUUCACUGGAGCCGCACCAGCCCUUCCAGGUCAUCAUACGCUACACCACCAUCGAUGCGCCAGCUAUCUGGUGGCUGGAUCCUGAGCUGACGUACGGGAACUCUAAGCCCUUUGUCUUCACCCAAGGCCAUUCCGUGUGCAACCGCUCCUUCUUCCCCUGCUUUGACACACCGGCGGUCAAAUGCACCUACUCUGCUAUCGUCAAGGCUCCUGCAGGUAUGCAGGUUUUGAUGAGUGCUACCCAAAGUUCCUAUGAAGAACAAGAAGGCAUAUACCAAUUCUAUAUGGAAUACCCAAUCCCUGCUUAUCUGGUGGCACUGGUGGCAGGGGACCUUGUGCCUGCAGACAUUGGUCCUAGGAGCAAAGUGUGGGCAGAGCCGUGCCUCCUGUCAACAGCAAUUGGCAAACUCUCUGGAAGAGUUGAACGCUGGCUCAAUGCAGCAGAAAGCCUCUAUGGCCCUUACAUCUGGGGCAGGUACGACAUCGUUUUCCUUCCCCCCUCGUUCCCGAUGGUCGCCAUGGAGAACCCAUGCCUGACCUUCAUUAUCUCUUCCAUCCUGGAGAGCGAUGAGUUCCUCAUCAUUGACGUCAUCCACGAAGUGGCCCACAGCUGGUUUGGCAACGCGGUCACCAACGCCACCUGGGAGGAGAUGUGGCUGAGCGAGGGGCUGGCCACUUACGCUCAGCGCCGGAUCACCACUGAGACAUAUGGUGCUGCUUUUACCUGCCUAGAGACUGCCUUCCGCCUUGAUGCCCUCCACAGACAAAUGAAGCUCCUUGGUGAGGACAACCCUGUUAGCAAACUUCAGGUUAAGCUGGAGCCAGGUGUGAAUCCUAGCAAUCUGAUGAACCUCUUCACGUAUGAGAAAGGUUACUGCUUUGUUUACUACCUGUCUCAGCUCUGCGGAGACCCAAUGCGCUUUGAUGCCUUCCUCCGAGCCUAUAUCGAGAAGUACAAGUUCACGAGCGUUGUGGCCCAGGACCUCUUGGAUUCUUUCCUGGCUUACUUCCCAGAACUGAAAGAACAAUGCAUUGAUAGCAAAACAGGGCUCGAGUUCGAACGUUGGCUCAAUGCAACAGGCCCUCCUUUAAUCGAACCAGACUUAUCUCAGGGAUCCAGUCUGACCAGCCCCGUGGAGACCCUCUUCAGCCUCUGGACCACGGAGCCUCUGGAUGCGGUGUCUGCGGCAAACAGUGUCAACAUUACCGAGUGGCAGACGUUCCAGACAGUGCUUUUCCUGGACAGGCUUCUGGAUGGGUCACCGCUGCCUCACGAGGUGAUAUCAAAGCUCUCCGAAUGCUAUUCGGCCCACCUGGACAGCAUGAACGCAGAGAUUCGCAUCCGCUGGCUGCAGAUCAUUGUCCGCAACGACUACUACCCUGACCUUCACAAAGUCCGGCGCUUCUUGGAAAACCAGAUGUCCCGGAUGUACACGAUCCCAUUGUACGAGGACCUCUGCACUGGCACCUUGAAGUCCUUUGCCUUAGAAGUUUUCUAUCAGACCCAGAACCAGCUGCACCCCAACUUGCGGAAAACCAUCCAGCAGAUCUUGACGCAGGGCUUGAACCCGCUCCUUGCCAUGGACACGACGGCGGUUACCGCAGAGGCCCUGGCGGCUGGGUACGAGGACAGGUCCCCGGAAGCCGUGCACAGUGCCAUGUCUCUCAGGGAUGUCAACGUGUCUGCUUAGCGCACCAGCUCAUGCCGGGCAUUUGAAGCUGGAAGGCAGGCAGGCGGAAAGGAAGGAGGCCAUAUGAAGAAAGCACUGCUCCCCCUUCGUGCCACAGCUGCCACGGCGGGAGGACCGGAUUCCACGAUCUCCGCUCCCGCCUCCAGCCCCACCCCAGACGUGCCUUCAGGUGCCUGACGUAUUGGCACAGCCAGAUAUCAGGGAUAUAUCUCCUUUAAGCUGCAAGCGGGAGCUGUUUUGGGAUGGAUCUUCUUACUUGAUGUAUCAUGAAUGUGAAUUCCAGGGUCUCCGUUGCAAGCAGGAAAAAAAAGAAUAACAGUUUUGUUUCAGGCAUCGCUUGACCUCCAGGCCGAGAGAGAAAGAGAAAGUCGCCUCCGGGUGCAUGUUGUUGUCGAGUUAGUAAGGAGAAGAGAUGAUCGGGAUCAUGGACAUUUGAAAGUCAGGCAGGGAUUCGCAAAGAAGAUGGUCUUUUAAAAAAAUUGAAAGAAAAAUGACAAUGGGAGGAAACUAUUCCCCUUUGUGCUCUUUACUGUGCGAUUCAGGAAUUGGAGGAUCUGGAGGAAUCAAGAACUUCUUUUGAGUUUUAGGUGUCAAAGGUUGGGAGACUUGGGCAGGGAUCCAACAGCCUCCUGCCUUUCCGUUCUGCCUGGCCUUUCUCUUUUGUGAGAUGAUUAAUAUGCAAACAUUGAUCAAUUGCAUUAAUUUUAGGGGAAUUUUUCUCCAGCGCUGUUGCAAAUCUUAAGCCUCAGCCUUCAUCCGUGUCUGUGAUGUGGCUCUGAAAACAGGUGGAGAGAUACGUGACCUUGUUUCUUUCAAAUCUAUACAUGGGCUGCAUCAGAACCCAUCCACCCAUAUACAUUUUGGGGUGUGCUGUUGUUCAAUGUGUGCACAAUGUACAAAAGGCCAGCGCGAGAUCAUGUCCUGGUGGAUGCACUGGGACCAAAGAUCAUGCUGAAUGAGUUCCCAGUGUUGGGUGCAACACUAAAUUACAUUAAUUUUUUCAUUUAGAAAUGUCUGCUUGAGGCCCAGGAAAGCUUGUGUCUUACCAAAGACAUUUUUGGCAAGCCUUUCUCCACAUGAUAACAUGACUGUUGGAUCUUAGAGGCAGCUUCUUCCAAGCCAAAUGUGGGGUCAAAGCUAUGUUGCUUUUUUUUAAAACCCACACUGCUGUUCACCAAAACCUUACUGAUUCUUAGGCAGGCAGGCAGACACAAACAAAACUCACUAUGCAAUGUCUUUCUCAUACAGAGGAGUUAACUUAGUUCGUAUCCAUCAGAAAAGAGUGGAGAGUUAGCCCUGCACCGGUCAGCUGAGCAACAUGAUAGAGGCUCAGAUUUUCAUGAUGUGGGAAUGGCUGGGUUUUUAAUUUUUCAUUGGAAAGGGAAGUUUGGGAUAAUAAUCAGAGCCGAUGAUUGAACAAAAUAGGAGCCUUUUUUAAACAACCAGGAGAGUGCUGGAUAUAUUCAACACCUUCGAAGGGCAUGGACCAUGUGGGAACACGGAUUAGUUUACAUCCUUUUGACCUUCGGGAGAUGUGUGCGCCGGAGGGCUGCUUUACUCUUUAUGGUAGAUGGGUAGACGAAUGCAUGCAGCAGUAAUCUGUGAAUUGAAGAGUCUUUUACCCUAGUAGUGCCCUUAGUGGCUUGGCACCAACGAAUAUCUCCAUGGCAUGUGUCCGUUGCAUAAUCGGACGCAUGCAAUUCUGCUGCCAUGGCUUUUACUCGACUGCUGCUCCCGGCAUAUGUGGACGUUGCUUGUCAUUCUUGUCACCUUCGUAUUGAAGAACUACUUUGGGUGGUGUUACCCAAAGUUGGUGGAGAGCAGUCAUGUCAUGACAUGGUUGGCAGGGAUGGAGAACCGAAGGCUGAGGUCCACCUUUUAAAAAGCCGUUUACAACCCCGCGCGAGAGGAGCUACUUGCCAUUAACCUUAUUUCUCCCCAUCCCCUUGUUGUUGAUUAUUUAUUUUUGUUGUGUGUAUGUUUGCCAACAUCAGAUAAAAAAAUAAUGGGAUUAAAGCAAUAAAGAAACAGGGACUCUGAAAGAUGCUUCAUAGGUUGUGAAAUACUUUGCAAUUUCAGGAAACUUUCUUUUCACUUCCACAGAGAUUCACUUGACCUAAAGAGCAGGGCAUAUGGUGGGGAAUCUUCCCCGUCUCAAAAGCAUAUAUAUAUAUAUAUAUAUAUAUCUCACAGAAUUACCUCCCACUUGUAAGAUGCCAAACAGUUGGCCGUUCCUGGUACGCAGCACCACACUUCCAGCCGGCAAAGACCAGCAGCCACUACGUUUGCCCUCCUGCUGCCUUAGGCCUCCCGUUUUUACUCUGUUUUAAUUUUUUUUUCCGGGAGAAUGUAUGUAACCUUGAUGGAACUUCCUUUUACAUGUACAUUGAUGCCUUACAAUAACAUCACUGAUAAUUUGUCGAAUUAAACUAAACUCUGUGACUUUCAAA